ACCUGUCAAACUGGUAGUUUAAGCUGAAGAAUGGAUGGGUAGGUGGAGUGGACGGAGGCAGUCGCAGAGGAACAACAGACAGAUUAAAGCAGGCCACGCAUCUCUGUCUCACACUCGCUGUGUUGGACCAUGGCUGCCGUGACCUCCGCAGAUGUUCUGCCGACAGGCUGCCGGAUCUUCACCUCCAUUCCGGAUAUAUUCUUCAUCCCAGAGUUUGUGUUUGGAGGUUUGGUGUGGACGCUGGUGGCAUCAACCUAUGUGUUUCCAGCAAACCCGAUGGGCUGGGUGAUGUUUGUCUCCAUCUUCUGCUUUCUGGGGACAACGCUCUGGUUCUUCAUCUUCCUCUGUGGAGGCAACACAGGCAGCAUCUGGUCCAGUCUGGACGUUGCCUUUCAUUUUGUGGCUGCAGUGUUUUACCUCAGUUCUUCGGUGGUUCUUGCUGUGAUCACCAUCUCCUUUGGGUUCACAGUUUCAUCAGGUGUACCUGGUUUACCUACCAACUACAACCAAUUAUACCAACUGGACAUUGCUGCAGUGGUGAUGUCCUUUGUGGCAACUCUUCUCUACUUCCUUCAUGCCAUUUUCUCCGCCAUCCGAUGGAAGAGGUCCUAAAAACGAAGAGGAGGCGUAAGAGGCGCCAACAAAUACCUGCCACUGCUUUUACUACAAAAUAUGAAAUAAACAAAGACAAGCAGCAUAUUGAUAAAUGUUGCGGCCUUAUUAGUUUGCUUACACAUAAUUAGUUCUUAAUUUAUUAUUUGAUUAAAUAGAAAGGCAGAACUUUGGCCAGAGUGACAGCAAGUAACAAAUCGCACAUCUAAUGAAAUCUUUAUUAUAUGUUAUAUACCUUUGCGUUUUUUUAAUGGUUGGCUCCAGCUUGUAGCAAACACUUAGACGCAUUCGAUGGCAAAGCUUAGUGUUUGUUUCUGCAUAUUUAUACAGUAAUAUAAAGUAUAUUUACAUACAAUGAUUUCAUUUUACAUGUAUUCGCCUAUGUGAUGUUGAAAUAAAAUAAAUUGAACACAAAUAAUUUGUAUUGC